AUGGGCGUCUACGACGAAGACGACGUCGACAUGCGCGUCGACGGUCACGAGGAGGACGAGGAGGAGGAGAUCGGACAGGAAGACGCGUGGGUGGUCAUCAGCUCUUUCUUUGAGGAGAAGGGCCUGGUGCGCCAGCAGUUGGACUCGUUCAAUGAGUUCAUCCAGCACACGAUGCAAGAAAUAGUCGAUGAGAUGCGUGAGAUGGAACUCACGCCCGAGCAUCAGCACUUGCCGGGACAAGACAUCGAGGACAUGGAGAAGAAGACGUACAAGAUUAGCUUUAACCAGAUUUACCUGAGUAAACCGAUGGUGACCGAGGCGGACGGGUACACGACGACACUUUUCCCCAAGGAAGCUCGAUUGCGUAACCUCACGUACUCAGCGCCACUGUACGUGGACAUGGUAAAGGAAAUCACGACCGUGACUCCGGAGGGCGAAACGACGGUGGAGAAGGAGGAGAUCAAGAAGGUGUUCAUCGGCAAGGUGCCGAUUAUGUUGCGCUCCGACUACUGCUCGCUCCACGGUCACACGGAUAAGGAGUUGACCGAGCUCGGAGAGUGCCCGUACGAUGAAGGCGGUUACUUCGUCAUCAACGGCAGUGAGAAGGUUCUCAUCGCGCAAGAAAGAAUGAGCACAAACCACGUGUACGUGUUCGAGAAGAAGCAACCGAGCAAAUUCAUGUGGCAAGCGGAAUGCCGCAGUCAACCAGAGCGUGGCUCUCGCGGCGCGAGUUCGUGCGUAAUGCGUCAGAUGCACGCUGUGGGUACGAAGGACGCGCCGGGGCCAAUUCGAUGCACGCUGCCGUACAUUCGAACCGACAUACCGAUCUUUGUCGUUUUCCGAGCUCUCGGUUUCGUCGCGGAUAAGGACAUCUUGGAGCACAUCUGCUACGAUCUUGCCGACAAUGAAAUGAUGGAAAUGCUUCGACCAUCGAUCGAAGAGGCGUUCGUGAUUCAGUCGCAGGAAGUUGCGCUUGAUUUUAUCGGUAAGCGUGGCUCCGCGGUGGGUGUGUCACGGGAAAAGCGCAUCAAGUACGCCAAGGAGAUUCUUCAAAAGGAGCUUCUCCCGCACGUAGGCGUUCGCGAAGACUGUGAGACGAAGAAAGCGUACUUUUUGGGUUACAUGAUUCACCGUUUGCUGCUGUGCUCGCUCGGUCGACGUCCGGAGGAUGACCGCGAUCACUACGGGAACAAGCGUUUGGAUCUCGGCGGUCCGCUGCUCGCGCAACUCUUCCGACAGCUUUUCCGCAAGCUCACGAAGGAUGUACGUCUGUACUGCCAGCGAUGCAUCGACAGCGGUAAAGAAAUUCAGCUGCAACUUGCGAUCAAGGCGAAGACGAUUACUCAAGGGUUGAAAUAUUCGCUCGCAACCGGGAACUGGGGGUCACAAGGAGCUCAGGAUAUUCGGGCAGGUGUCAGCCAAGUGCUAAACCGCCUCUCUUACUCCUCCACGCUUUCGCACCUUCGUCGUAUUAACUCUCCGAUUGGUCGCGAGGGUAAGUUGGCGAAGCCACGUCAGUUACACAACUCUCUUUGGGGUAUGAUUUGUCCGGCGGAGACUCCCGAAGGUCAGGCUGUCGGGUUGGUGAAGAACCUUGCGCUAAUGGCUCUUGUUUCCGUCGGCUCGCCGUCCGAACCGAUUUUGGAGUUCUUGGACGAGUGGACCAUGGAGAAUCUGGAAGAAAUCUCGCCGUCACUCAUUGCCGAGUCCACGAAGAUUUUCCUGAACGGCGUCUGGGUUGGUGUUCACCGAGAUCCUGCCGACUUGGUGCGCACCCUGCGUAAGCUUCGUCGUCAGUGUGAUGUCGAUUCUUCAGUGAGCGUCGUGCACGACAUUCGGCUGAAGGAGCUCCGAUUAUACACCGACUACGGUAGAUGCACGCGCCCGUUGUUCAUCGUGGACGACGAUCAAAAGCUUCGCAUCAAGAAGCAGCACAUUGAGUUGCUCACCGAGAAGGACGUCACCGGUUACUCGUGGAAUGAACUCGUCACGUCUGGCUUCAUCGAAUAUGUCGACACUGAAGAAGAGGAAACGACUAUGAUUUCCAUGACAAUCGAUGAUCUUGCCGCGGCUCGUCAAAGUGCGGACAGGAAGACAGGCGUCGCCAUCAGGUACACGCACUGCGAGAUCCACCCGUCGAUGAUUUUGGGCAUUUGUGCCUCCAUCAUUCCGUUCCCAGAUCACAACCAGUCUCCACGUAACACUUACCAGAGCGCUAUGGGUAAGCAAGCGAUGGGCAUGUACGUCACGAACUACCAAAUUCGCAUGGAUACGCUGGGUUACGUCCUUUUCUACCCGCAAAAGCCGCUGGUUACCACGCGCGCCAUGGAGUACUUGCACUUCCGCGAACUCCCCGCUGGUUGCAAUGCGGUGGUCGCCAUCAUGUGCUACACCGGUUACAACCAAGAAGAUUCAGUGCUCAUGAACCAGAGCGCAAUCGAUCGCGGUUUGUUCCGUUCGUUGUACUACAGAUCAUUCAAGGAUGAGGAGAAAAAGCAAGGCAGCCUGAGCCGCGAAGAGUUUGAGAGACCCGAUAGAGACACGUGCUUGGGUAUGCGCCAUGGCACUUACGACAAGCUUGAUGACGAUGGUUUGAUCUGUCCCGGCACACGCGUCAGCGGCGAUGAUAUUAUCAUCGGUAAAACCGCACCGCUUCCUGAAGACGACUCGGCAGUGCUCUCGAAGCGCUUCUCCAAGAAGGAUUGCUCCACGGGCAUGAAGCACGCUGAGACUGGUAUAAUCGAUCAAGUAUUGCUCACGACGAACGAUCAAGGCUUGCGCUUCGUGAAACUUCGAGUUCGAUCGAUGCGAACACCGCAAGUUGGUGAUAAGUUUUCAUCCAGACACGGUCAGAAGGGUACCGUCGGUAUGACGUACACGCAAGAAGAUAUGCCUUUCACGUGCGAGGGUAUCACGCCAGACAUAAUUGUCAACCCGCACGCCAUUCCUUCGCGGAUGACUAUCGGUCAGCUCGUGGAGUGUAUCAUGGGUAAGGUCGCGGCGUGCAUGGGCAAGGAAGGGGACGCCACACCCUUCACGCCUGUGACCGCGGAAGACAUCUCGACGAUGCUCCACAAGUGCGGUUACCAGAAGCGCGGCAACGAAGUCAUGUACAACGGCCACACCGGUCGCAUGUUGGACGCACAAAUCUUCAUCGGUCCUACGUACUAUCAGCGUCUGAAGCACAUGGUCGACGACAAGAUUCACUCUCGCGGCCGCGGUCCUGUACAAAUCUUGACGCGUCAACCAAUGGAGGGUCGAUCGAGAGACGGUGGUUUGCGUUUCGGAGAAAUGGAACGCGAUUGUAUCAUGAGUCACGGUGCCGCCUCGUUCCUGAAGGAACGUCUGAUGGACCAGUCCGAUGCGUACAGAAUCCACGUCUGCCAGAAGUGUGGUUUGAUCGCUGUCGCCAACUUGAAGAACCAAACGUUCGAGUGUUGCAAGAACCCGAGCGAGCGCACGUCCGUCGUCCAGGUCAUGGUACCGUAUGCGUGCAAACUUUUAUUCCAAGAGCUGAUGAGCAUGGCCAUCGCUCCGAGACUUAUCACGGCGUGA